AAACGAACCCUCGAACCACACAACACGAUGCCAAGGUUCUGUGCUGAGUGUGGCGCCCAGAACACAGGCGGCAAGUUCUGCUCCGAGUGUGGCACGCGCUUCGCCGACGACAAUGGCUCGCUGUCCUCCUCCUUCAUGUCAAAUUCCUCCGGCCCUCCCCCCGCUGUGCCAGUGGCCGCGUAUCAAGGAGCUGCCACAGCCGUCGCGUCGGCCUUCCGCAGUGAUAAUUCGCCCUAUGGAGGCAACACGUACCAGCACAACCCCCUCAAGAGCACCUUCAACGGGUCUCCGUCACAGCCUCCGCCCCCGCCCCCUCCUGCCCAGCCGUACGUGCGCAAAUCGGUGCCCAGCGCCUUCCGCAACAGCUUCAACAACAACAAUUCGCCUCCUGCUGCUAUUCCCGUGGCCUCAGACCCUGUACCCCCCGCAGCUACGGGCGCAGAGGCUCAGCAAUACUACGAGAGAUGUGUAAGCACCAUCCGAGCCUCAAAGGGGGGAAAUAACGAGCAGGGCGUCAAGAACUUUAAGCAAAACUGCCGUAGAUACGGACUCAAGGAGAUGGACGUCCAGUCUUUCUAUGCGUCGCUGGUAGUGGAGCUGGGGCCUGAAGGCACGCGCAGCUUCGUGCCGACACUAGCGAGACUGGUACCUGACGACGAUCGACGGAAGGAGCUCGUGGAUUAUAACGCGCAACAGCGAGCGUCUGCCUUUAGUAGCAGUGGCAGUAGCACGGGCAGUCUCGAUGGCAGACAAUCGGCUUUUGCCAACAGAAACCCAAGCAUGGCUGACUCGUUUCGCAGCGACUCGACUAUGAGCAGCGCCAAUGGCUCACAAAGCAAAGGAAUCUUGAACAACCGCUAUGCGGACCACCCGAACUGCGACGUGUGCAAUGUCCGCUUUGAUGUGACCAAAAGACGACACCAAUGGUACGAAAAACAAUUAUGGUAUGCGAAUUUUAUUUUAUGAUUACUA